AUGGGUGCGCUGCAGCACAACUCGACCCAGUCGAAUACAGAAUUGUUAGAGCCCUUGCAGAGUAUGCAAUUGGGCUUUGUAGGCAAUACUGCUUCUGUCUGCCCCAUCAACCGUUUGCCCGUUGAGCUGCUGCGGGUCAUCCUCAACGAAGCAAACGACGGCGAGUGCAGAUACGAUAGCCGUGGAACAAUUGAAACUGGAAUACCUACACGUGCGAUUCAACUCACGCACGUCUGUCGGCGAUGGCGUGCAAUCCUCUCGGGCAUGCCUUCCCUGUGGACGGAUGUGGCAUUCUCCCUCUCGACAAUAAAAGAGUGCAAGGCCAGAGAGCUGUGGUCUGUCAUUGCACCACGCACCCGGCAGAGUCUUGCCACGAUUAGAAUCCAGCACGCGGAUUCUGGUCGUCUCACUCUUGCAGUGUGCAACCUCAAGGUUAUGCGCUCCAUCGAAAAACUUGCACUACAUGUUGGAUACCCGUCAUCCGGCCUUACCUUCCUUAACCGCGAGUACACAAACCUGGCGUGCCGCUGCCGCGUACUGGAAUUGUACGGUGGUUACAGUGCGCCAUCAUGCCACGUUAACCUUUCUAUCGCUCUUUACCACUUUGAUGGUGUCGAAGGCCUAGUGAUACGUGGGCUGGGGGACGUGAUGCUAGAUGUCGCACCCUCCAAGCUAGCCUCGCUCACAGAGAUCACUCUGAAGGAUCUAGGUGAGGUUCGCCUCAUAGAUAUCAUGAGGGAGGUCAAGACCCUUUGCAAUUUAAUUUGCGUGAGGGUCGACGUCAAGUGGGAAGCGCCCGUUCAACGAUUCGAAUCUGGUCUGAAGAGGCUUGCGCUCAUAGCCUUGGAAGACUAUGGCUGGCUUUUCUAUGUAAUAUUCCCCGCACUGGAGAUCAUCGAGUUCAUGCAGACCCCCUCGACGUCAUUCUCCCCCUUCGUUUCGACCCUUCCCAAACUGAAGAGCCUCAACUGCGACAUCAAGCAAGAGAAAACAAUACUCGAAAUGAACCGGACCUCGCACCGGCUCGAGCGUCUAGUCAUCCAUUCAGACAUUGUAUUGCCCCUCUUCACCCCGGUGGCAUACAAUUUGACCCAACCCGUGUUCCCAAACCUUUCUAUCCUCGAACUAUGGCUCGAAAAUUUAUCCAUUGCCUCACUUGAACGCCUCAUCUACGGGCGUUGUCUCCCAAGGAGCCAUCAAUUGUCUCUUCUCCCAACGGAAACGUCCCUGAUCGCCACGCUUAGGCUCUACUGGAAGGCCUCUCCAGGUGAACCGGUUGUACAAACAGUUGAGGACAGCGAACUCAUUGCUUCCGCAAGUCGGCGGAAAAGGGACGAGGUUGAGACUUACAACGGCAGGUAUGUCCGACUGACGCUCGGAUGGACGGAGGAGCCGGUAAGAUUACCGGACUAUACCAAUUGGUUGUCCGACAUUUAUAUGUCGGCAGCCAAAUUCUAUAAACCAUAG